CCACACACACACCCACCAUAGAUAGAUAUCUCCAUUUCUUGCAUAAAAGCAUCCACACUUUCCUCUCUCCUCCGUUUGUUCCUCCCCCAAUACUUCUUUUGUGACUCACUCGUUCAUUCAAUUCUACUCUGUUUGUUGCGUACUUCUCUACACUUCUCUUCUUUUUUCUUCGCUCUAUGUAACGACACCGAACACACACAAACACCACACACACACACAUUAAAUAAAUAUCCUGUGUACAUCUUUAUGAAUCUCGUAACUGAAGAAGCCUCCCUUUUUAAUUAUAAGGGCACCCCUCUCUCUCUCUCUCUCUGUGUUUGUGUGUGUGUGAAUCUUGAAGCUCACCAACCAUGGCUUCAACUUUCACGGCGUUCGGAUUAUCACCGCCGUUUUUCGCGUUGAAUUCAGACAAGAGGGUUCAGGUUCUUACCAGAAGCUCGAUUAGGUGUUCAGCUACCAGGGAUUCAACAGCUGCUGCUCUGUCUUUGAAUUCCGUCAGAGUUAACGACGCUGUUAACGGAAUAUCCUCUGCUCUGGCAGAGGAGAGCAAGAGGGCUUCUUUAAUCGAUACUGGGAACGGCGAGGUGAAGAAGAAGAAGGAGGAGGAGGUGUUCCAUGACGGAAAGUUGCAGCCUUUGUGGGAUGACGGAUAUGGGACGGAAACCGUUAAAGAUUAUCUCGAUUACGCCAAGGAUAUAAUCAAACCAGACGGCGGCCCUGUACGGUGGUUCACCCCUACUUCGUGCGGCCCCCAUUUAAAGGAUUCGCCUAUCCUACUUUUCUUGCCCGGAAUGGAUGGUCUUGGACUUGGCCUUGUUCUGCACCACAAAUCUCUCGGAAAGGUCUUCGAUGUUCGGUGCAUGCAUAUCCCGACGCAGGAUCGAACCCCAUUUGAAGAUUUGGUAAAGUGGGUUGAAGAAACCGUGAGGGCGGAGCACGCUUCAUCUCCGAAGAAACCGAUUUAUCUGGUCGGAGAUUCGUUCGGCGGAUGCUUGGCACUUGCAGUGGCGGCACGAAACCCGAAAGUCGACCUUGUUUUGAUACUAGCUAAUCCAGCAACUUCGUUUGACAGGUCACAACUGCAGCCAUUCUUGCCUUCAUUGGAAACGUUGCCCGCGGAGCUUCAUAUCACCAUACCGUAUCUCCUAGGCCUUAUUAUGGGUGAUCCGAUGAAGAUGGCUGCGGUUAAUAUAGAUUCACUGCUUUCUCCCGCGCAAUAUUUUGAACAGUUAGCUGGCAAUCUUGUCGGUCUGCUACCCCGUCUUUCGGGAUUGGCUGACAUCAUACCUAAAGAAACGCUGGUUUGGAAAUUGAAGCUGCUCAAAACAGGUGCUGCUUAUGCUAACUCUCGUCUCCAUGCCGUUAAAGCCGAAGUACUUAUUCUUGCUAGUGGCAAAGAUAACAUGCUUCCUAGUCGAGACGAAGCUUGGAGGCUCAUGAGCUCGUUGCAGAAUUGCAAAGUCAGAUACUUCAAAGACAACGGUCACACCAUUUUAUUGGAGGACGGUGUAAAUCUUCUAACAUAUAUUAAAUGUACUUGCACCUAUCGCCGCUCAUCGAAACGCGAUUACGUCAUGGAUUUCAUACCUCCUAGUGCCUCCGAGUUUAAGCAAACACUCCAACAAAAUAAAUUGUUCCGCGAUUAUGCGGGCCCCGUAAUGCUGUCGACUAAUGAAGAAGGGAAGAUCGUGCGGGGCCUAGGUGGAGUUCCGGAAGAGGGCCCCGUUUUGUUGGUGGGGUACCACAUGCUUAUGGGGUUAGAACUCGUGCCAUUGGUUGAAGAAUUCUUAAGCGAGAAGCAAAUCAUGGUGCACGGCAUAGCGCACCCCACUUUGUUCUCGCCUCACGUCGAGAGUGUAAAUAAGGAGUACUCGUUUUUCGACAAUUUGAGAUUGUACGGUGCUUUGCCGGUGAGCGCAGCCAAUUUCUUCAAGCUGUUCAAGACGAAAUCGCACGUGCUGCUUUAUCCCGGUGGCGCUCGCGAGGCUCUGCACCGAAAAGGGGAACAGUAUCAGUUAUUUUGGCCAGAUCAGCCUGAGUUUGUAAGGAUGGCUGCGAGAUUUGGCGCAACGAUCGUACCGUUUGGAGUUGUUGGAGAGGAUGACAUAGCUGAGUUAGUUUUGGACUAUGAUGACCUGAUGAAAAUUCCGAUUUGGGGGGACCACUUGAGAAAGGAGAAUGAGAAGUACGAACAGUUUAACGUGAGGGCGGGGUCGACUGGUGAGGUGGCGAAUCAAGCUUUAUACAUUCCGGCCCUUCUACCGAAGAUUCCGGGACGGUUGUACUACCUUUUCGGGAAGCCGAUUCAUACAAAGGGAAAAGAGGAGAUGUUGAAGGACAAAGAUAAGGCGAAAGAACUCUACUUGGAGAUAAAGUCGGAAGUCGAAUCGAGUAUGUCGUAUUUGCUUAAGAAGAGGGAGGAAGAUCCUUACAGGAGCAUUGUUGAUCGGACGGUGUAUAGGGCUUUGCAAGAUCCGACGAAUCAGAUUGUUCCGACUUUUGAACUAUAAUCAACAGAGGGGGGGAUUACAAUAUUGUCAAUGGAUUUAUGGACAUGCCUAAUGUGUGUAAAAGGAGGUGGGGGGUGGGGGGGGGGGGGGUGGUGGAUUUAUUGAAUAUAUUUAUUUAUAUAUAUAUAUAUAUAGAUACAUUGAUUUGUUGUAAUGAUAUUCUUAUAUGUAAUACUUGGGUUUAGGUGAGAUGUGCUUGAUUUUGUUGAACCAAAAACCCUUCAUCUAUAAAAAAGUUGUGGAAAGUUUGAUUUCUUGA